AGAGCGAGGACAGGUGUCAGAGAUUGGCUGCCGGUUUCCCAGUGUCAUUGUUUACGCUGUAGUGCCGUGAACCGAGCAGGAGAGAGCCAGACAGCUGAGGCGGAGGGGAGAAAUCUGUGUGGUGUGAAAGCGUUCUGAAUCAAGUUUAAGGGUUAAAACCAUGCAGGCGAUGUUCUGGAUUGCUGUGGGGGCGAUGUGCCUGGCUACAGGCUUCAGCAUGGCACAGAAACCUCAGCCUUGCCAGGCCCCACCUCUCUACACUGGCGAGGUGACUGUGGGAACCCAGAAUGAGCAGCUGUGGGCGGUUGGGAAGUACGCUUAUGAUGCCUUUAACCAGCGCAUCCACUUGGGAGAAAUGGGAACUUUUAACAAUGCAAGCUUCACCUACAACGCCCUGAUGCUCUUUCAAGAGGGAGUCAUGUACGAGAUCUACCACCACAACAAAACCUGUGUGAAGAAGGCCCUGCAGUCUGACUUCCACCCCAUGGAGGUUCCUAAGGGGGCCGGAUUUUUGAAUCAGGUGGUUCUGGGAACCUCCUCUAGCUCUGGACCCGGCCUCCUGGUCAACAACUGGUGGGGAGACAUGCCCGACAAGCAAGGCAACUACAUGGUGUCCUUCACUGAGUUUGGUUGCCUGCCCGUCUCCACUCUCUCCAAGACCAAGAACAUGGGAUGGGUCAGUGUGAGCUACUACAAUAACGUCCUUGGGGUGGAGGACCCCGAUGUGUUCAUUCCACCACCAUUUUGCAAGGACGCCAAGCUGGAGGCAAACGAGGAUGGAAAAGUGACUGACUUCUUCUCCCUCUUCCACUGAGCUUGGGGGGAUUUUAUUUUUCAUGUACUUGAUCAACUUCUGAUUCUGAUCUUGCAUCUGAUUUUAGCAGAGGCGAGAUGCAAUAACUGAGACCUGCUUUUCACACAUUUUCAUCACUGACAAAAAUCAUAAUCUGAAAAGUUAGAAAACCAGCAUGAGAGAGUUUUUUUUGCAAACUAACAUAACGCAAAUAUACUUCUUAACUCAAGCUGCGGAAACAUUUGAUUGUCUUGAACUAUGACAUUAUUGACCUGAAUCAUUUGCCUUUUUUAGAGGUGUAGCCUAAUUUGAUUUUGCACUGUUCAUCUAGCUUGAGACGGUGAUUCAAGUAGGCCAUGUCUUGAUGCUGCAAAGAAUAUCUGGUCAGUUCCACUCUAAAACCCCAGAUACCUCUCCUGGGGAAACUCAUGUGUUGUUGCACUGAUGUUCUCUGUAACUUGACAUCUCUUGUGCCUUUUCAAAUGUGUGAUUUUUCUUUGCUAUUUUCUGUAUGUUUUUUAUAUCAAAUAAAUCAAAAUAAAUCAUCUCAGAAAGUAAA